AUGUCUAUUGUUCUGUCAGAUCGUCAACGAGACGAACUACUCGAAGCACAUCAAGAUGACUUCAAUUCUGACCCCAAACAGAAAUACUCUGGAUUACUUGAAAAGAAAUGGACUUCUGUUAUCAGACUGCAGAAGAAGAUAAUGGAUCUCGAGAAUAAAAUUACACAGAUGCAAGAGGAAUUGUCUACUGCAACACCUAGGAAACCUACUAGCGCUGUGGAUUGGGUUCCGCGUGCGCCAGAGAAAUACGCUCUAACUGGUCACAGGAACCCCGUCACACGUGUUGCCUUUCACCCCGUAUUCUCUGUGCUGGCAUCGGCAUCUGAAGAUACUACUAUAAAGAUUUGGGAUUAUGAGACUGGCGAAUUCGAGCGGACGCUCAAAGGACAUACGAAAGCAGUCCAAGAUAUCGCUUUUGAUCCCAAGGGCAACUUUUUAGUAUCCUGCUCUGCAGAUCUGACGAUAAAAGUUUGGGAUCUGCAGAAUGACUACAAAUGCGUGAAAACUUUAUAUGGUCACGAUCACAGCGUUUCGUCCGUUGCUUUCCUACCAUCUGGAGAUACAAUUGUUUCGGCAUCGCGAGACAAGACAAUUAAACGUUGGGAAUUUGCAUCGGGGUACUGUGUGAAGACUUACUUUGGCCAUCUGGAGUGGGUACGAUCUGUAUCCCCUAGUGAGGACGGAAAGUGGUUGAUUACUAGCUCUAAUGACCAGACUGCACGCCUGUGGGAAACAGCUAAUGCCGAGUGUAAAAUGGAAUUUAGAGGUCACGAUCACGUUGUUGAAUGUGCGAUAUUCGCGCCUACUGAUGCAUAUCCUUUCAUAAGAGAGAUGAUAGGUGUCGAAAAAGAUCCCAAGGGAGCAGCCAAGGCAGAACCUAUGCCCGGACAAUAUAUUGUAACUGGUUCGAGAGACAAGACCAUCAAGAUCUGGGAUUCUACAGGACAGUGCGUUAGGACUCUGAUUGGUCACGAUAACUGGGUGCGUGGUCUCGUCUUCCAUACGAGUGGGAAAUAUCUUAUUAGUGCUUCGGAUGAUAAAACGAUCAAGAUAUGGGAUAUCAAGACUGGUCGCUGUUACAAGACCGUUGAAGCCCAUGCACACUUUGUGACUUGCAUUGCGUUUAAUCAUGGGAACCCUGUGGUUGCUACAGGGUCCGUAGAUCAGACAGUGAAGAUCUGGGCUCCGUACAGGUGA